AUGAAGACACAAGCGGGAGUGAGUGUGCGCACUAUUCGCAGUGAUAAUGGAGGGGAGUACACCUCAACCGACAUGAAGACGUACUGCGCGCUGAAGAAUGUCAAACAGGAAUUUACGAUCCCGCACAACCCUCAGCAAAAUGGUAUGGCCGAGCGUGCUAAUCGGACGCUGGUCGAGAUGGCUCGAUGCAUGCUAAAAGACAGUGAUAUGGAGAAGACAUUCUUGGCGGAGGCUCUGGUGACUGCCGCGUACAUUCGCAACACAAUCAGCACGGCGACGCGUACUCACACUACGCCAUAUGAAGAAACGUUUAAUCGUCUUUUCGAUUACGGCAGUCUUCGCGUGUUUGGCACCGAGUGCUUUGCUCACGUACCAAAGACGAAGAGAUCAAAGCUUGACGACAGCGGUGUUCGAUGCCGUAUGCUUGGGUACCUCGAAAAUCAGAAGGGGUAUCGCCUACUGAACGCAUCAACAGGCCAGAUAAUGCACUCGCGAAGCGUCACAUUCGAUGAAUCUACGCGUGAAAAAGUGAAGCCAGAGACUGACGAAGAUGUCGAGUCAGAUGGACACGAGACCGAACUGACAGAUACUAAGUUUCACGGUUCAGUAGAUGCGAAUUUGAACGACAACGGUGCGCGCGGGAUGGCAAGCGAACAUCAGCUCGUGCAUUGCAAUUACCCUCAAACGCAUCAGCUUCAAGUAGUUGAUACACGGGGAUCAGAAUCCUUACCCGGCUCCACCAGUAUUCAGCCACACGGUAAUGCUGAAGUUCAAGUUCAAGGUCAUCAUCAACUAAAUGGGAGUACCGACAUAGUGCUAACGGAUCUGGAAGAGAGCAUGUCACCUCGAAUGACUGGUCGACAGAUGAUUACCAGUAAGCCGUCUGGUACUCCUGAUCGAGACGGCUUAAAUCAGCGACGGGUGCGACCUGCGAGGAAGAAGCGUGGUAUACUACGCUAUGAAGACGAGUUCAAUGGAAUGCGUCGUAUGGAUUCCAACGAGGCAGACUUGGAAGACGAGUUUGAUGGUCUGCAUUGCUACUCAACUGCCUUGAACGAUGAGAAACAGACAACGCACGAUGGUAUCAUGCAGUCUGAAUUGAAGGUUCAGUGGAAAGCGGCAAUGGAUGCUGAGAUAAAAUCACUGUCGCAGCAUAAGAAAUGGGAGUUGGUCGACCUUCCACCAGGAAAGAAGAUGAUCGGCAGCAGAUGGUUGUUUAAGGUGAAACUGAAUGCAGAUGGCAGCAUAAACAAAUUCAAGGCGCGUCUGGUCGCUCAAGGGUUUACACAGCAGUUUGGAGUCGAUUUUAAUGAAACAUUUGCGCCUGUCGCAAAGCAAACAACUGUGCGCACCGUCUUGUCGAUUGCAGCUGGUGAAAAUCUGGAUGCAGAACAGGUUGAUGUCGACACAGCUUUUUUGUGUGCACCGAUCGAAGAUGAGCUGUAUAUCAAGCAAUCAGACGGCUAUGAAGAUAAGACGCACCCAUACAAGGUCUGCCGAUUGCUCAAGAGCCUAUACGGGACAAAACAAGCAGCACGCCAGUGGAAUAAAACUCUGGACGAUUUUUUUGGUGCCCAUGAUUUUGUGCGAGCCGAUGCAGACCCGUGCUUGUAUACGCGCAUCAGCAGUAGAGAGUAUUCAGCGGUCGUCGUCUACGUCGACGACAUUAUUAUCGUAAGUAAAACACAAGAUGGCGUGCGCAAGAUCAUCAAAGAUCUCAAGACCGCGUUCAGCAUCAAGGAGCUCGGAGAGCCACGAUUUAUCCUUGGUAUCGAAGUAACUCGUGACCGGACCAACCGCACCCUUACAUUGUCGCAACGCGGGUAA